CAUACUGAGUAAUUCCCUGUUUCUUCUCUCCCAAUUCUCCCCUUAUCUUUCAUCCCCACAUCUAUAAUAUUAAUCGCACACCAACACUUUUCAAUUUCACUCUGAUCAAACACCUAAAAAACCCUCACCUGAAACCCUCAAAUCCACAAUCGCUUGAUUUCCGUAACCUUGAUUCGAUUCUGUCUGUCACUUAUUGAUUGUACCUAAUACUAUCCAUACGAUCAAACGAACGGAUCGCUUGUGUUUUGUGCGUGCAAUGCUAUUUGUUCUGUUGAUUUCAAUAUGAAGUUGCGAAGAAGGAGGCAAUCAGAAGUGCCUCCUAAAAUUAAGUCGUUCAUCGAUGGUGUAAUCGCUGCUCCACUUGAAAAUAUUGAAGAGCCCUUAAGAAGCUUCUUCUGGGACUUUGACAAGGGGGAUUUCCAUCACUGGGUUGAUCUGUUUAAUCACUUUGAUAGCUUUUUCGAAAAAUACAUAAAAUCUAGGAAAGAUUUGCAACUUGAAGAUGAUUUCUUGGAGUCCGACCCUCCUUUCCCUAGGGAGUCCGUCCUGCAGAUUUUGCGUGUUGUAAGGAUAAUUUUGGACAACAGCACAAAUAAGCAUUUCUAUAGCUCAUAUGAGCAUCAUCUUUCUUCUCUACUGGCUUCCACUGAUGCAGAUGUGGUUGAAGCCUGUUUGCAAACUCUAUCAUCGUUCUUAAGGAAAUCAACUGGAAAACACAUUAUAAGAGAUGCAUCUCUAAAUUUGAAGCUAUUUGCUUUUGCACAAGGUUGGGGUGGGAAAGAUGAAGGGCUAGGAUUGGUUGCAUGUGCUCUAGAGAAUGUAUCUGACCCAGUUGCUCACGAGUUGGGUAGCACUCUCCAUUUUGAGUUCUAUGAAAACUCUGCUGCUGAAAAGUCAACUCAAGGGUUGCAAAUAAUCCAUUUACCGAAAAUCAAUACUUGUGAAAAAUCCGAUCUUGAACUUAUGCACGGGUUAGUCCAAGAUUAUAAAGUACCGAGUAAUUUAAGGUUCUCACUUUUGACAAGAUUGCGUUUCUCAAGGGCUUUUAGUUCCUUCACUGCUCGCCAACAGUACACGUGUAUUCGUUUACAUGCAUUUAUAGUUCUUGUUCAAGCAUGUGGUGAUACUGAUGAUCUGGUUUCUUUUUUUAACACCGAGCCUGAAUUCAUCAACGAAUUGGUGACACUUUUGAGCUAUGAAGAUGCAGUCCCCGAAAAAAUUCGAAUUUUAAGCCUGUUUUCAUUGGUUGCUCUUAGUCAAGAUCGUUCACGCCAGUCAACCGUGUUGACCGCUGUCACAUCUGGUGGACAUCGUGGGAUAUUAUCAAGUCUCAUGCAGAAGGCUAUUGACUCUGCGGUUAGUAAAACUAAAUCGUCUGUUCUGUUUGCUGAGGCUCUACUCUCAUUGGUUACGGUUUUAGUUUCGUCUUCUUCUGGAUGUUCUGCAAUGCGUGAAGCAGGGUUUAUACCUACCCUUUUGCCUCUUCUUAAAAACACAGAUCCCCAGCAUUUGCAUCUAGUCAGCACAGCUGUACAUGUUCUAGAAGCUUUUAUGGAUUACAGUAAUCCUGCUGCUGCUUUGUUUCGAGACCUCGGUGGAUUAGAUGACGCAAUUUCCCGAUUGAAAAUAGAAGUUUCUUAUGUUGAAAAUGGUACAUUUGCUAGUACUUCAACUGAAUCUGAAUCGGACGGUAUGCAGCCUGUUUAUUCUGAAGCUUUGGUAUCAUACCACAGGAGGUCGUUAAUGAAAGCGUUACUGCGCGCUAUAUCGCUUGGAACAUACGCACCUGGAACCACUGCUCGUAUUUACGGCUCUGAAGAAAGUUUGCUACCGCAAUGUUUACAUGUGAUUUUUAAAAAGGCUAAAGAUUUUGGGGGUGGGAUGUUUUCAUUGUCGGCAGUUGUAAUGAGUGAUCUGAUUCAUAAAGACCCAACUUGUUAUUCUAUCUUAGAACAAGCUGGACUUCCGUCUGCGUUUCUAGAUGCUAUAAUGGAUGGUGUGCUUUGUUCUGCUGAAGCUAUAACAUGCAUACCCCAAUGUUUGGAUGCUUUGUGUCUUAACAAUAACGGUCUCCAGGCUGUCAAAGAUCGCAAUGCGUUGAGGUGUUUCGUGAAGAUAUUUACUUCGCGAAGUUAUCUUCGUGCCCUUAUGGGUGAUACUCCUAGUUCAUUGUCUAGUGGCCUUGAUGAGUUAAUGAGACAUGCUUCUUCGCUACGUGUGUAUGGUGUUGAUAUGCUGAUUGAGAUCUUAAAAUCUAUCGAGAAGCUCGGUUCGGGACCUGAAGUUGCUGAAGCUUGUAGUUCUUCUUCUGUUCCAAUGGAAACUGAUGGGGAAUCGCUUGCAGAACCUUCUGCUGAUACGUCUUUGUUGAAUGUCGAGUCUUUUCUACCUGAUUGUGUUAACAAUUUAGCUCGUUUGCUUGAAACUAUUCUUCAAAAUUCUGACACAUGUCGUAUAUUUGUGGAGAAAAAGGGAAUCGAAGCUGUUCUGCAGUUAUUUACCUUACCUUUGAUGCCUUCGUCUGUUUCUAUUGGUCAGAGCAUAUCGAUUGCAUUUAAGAACUUCUCUCCGCAUCAUUCUGCAUCUCUCGCUAGAACAUUAUGUUCGUUCUUGAAAGAUCAUUUGAAAGUGACGAACGAGCUACUUGCAUCUCUUGGAGGCAUGCAACUUGCACAGAUAGAAGAUUCUAGAAGAACAAAGGUGUCAAGAUGCCUCUCUAGUCUUGAAGGUAUUUUGUCUCUUUCUAAUUCUUUAUCGAAAGGGACUACAAAUCUCGUGUCUGAGCUUGGGACUUCUGAUGCUGACGUGUUGCGAGAUCUUGGAGUUGCUUAUCGGGAAAUACUCUGGCAAGUUUCUAUAGAUUGUGAUUCUAAAGCAGAUGAAAAACAGAGUAACAAAACAGAGACUGAAAAUGUUGGUGUUAAUGUUAAUAACACUGAAGCUACCAUUGCUGCAAGUGACGAUGAUGCAAGCAUGCCGAUGGUGAGGUACAUGAACCCAGUUUCGAUUCGGAACAGUUCACACCCUCACUGGGGUCUAGAACGUGACUUUGUUUCGGUGGUUCGGUCUGGUGAAGGGUUCAGUCGGCGUAGCCGACACGGGCUAGCUCGUAUAAGAGGAAGAACCAGCAGACAUCUAGAAGCAUUACACAUUGAUCCGGAAGCUUCCAUAAGCAACACCGAGACAAGCUGUUCACAAGAUAUAAAGAAAAAAAGCCCCGAGGCUCUUGUUAUGGAAACACUUAACAAACUGGCUUCAACCAUACGUUCUUUUUUUACCACUUUAGUAAAAGGAUUUCCUUCAUCAAAUCGUCGAAGGGCUGAAAGUGGAUCACUAAGUACUGCUUCCAAGAACAUUGGAACUGCAUUAGCAAAGAUCUAUCUUGAAGCAUUUAAUUUCCCGGGGUACACCAUGGGUUCGGGUCUUGAUAGUGUAUUGUCGGUUAAGUGUCAUUAUCUUGGAAAAGUGGUGGAACACAUGUCAGCGUUAACGUUUGAUAAUAGGCGGCGAAUCUGUUAUACGGUCAUGAUAAACAACUUCUAUGUUCAGGGGACCUUUAAGGAGUUGCUAAACACUUUUGAAGCUACAAGUCAGUUACUAUGGACAUUGCCGUAUACUGGUUCGACAGCCGGAAAUGAAAAUAACGACGGAAACAAACUGUCUCACAGUAAAUGGCUACUUGACACAUUACAGAGUUACUGUCGGCUUUUGGAGUUUUUCGUUAACUCUACUUUUGUUUUGCCGACAACCUCCACAUCUCAAGCUCAGUUACUUGUACAACCGGUGGCUGUCGGGUUAUCAAUCGGGUUGUUUCCGGUUCCUCGAGAUCCAGAAGCGUUUGUUCGAAUGCUGCAAUCUCAAGUUCUUGAUGUAAUACUUCCUAUCUGGAAUCAUCAUAUGUUUCCAAGUUGUAACCCUGGGUUCAUUACUACGAUUGUGACACUUGUCACUCAUAUAUUCUGUGGUGUUGGUGAUGCGAAACGACCUCAUGGCAGUGGUGCUGGCGGUGCUAACCAGCGGCUCAUGCCGCCACCGCCUGAUGAAUCCACUAUUGCCACCAUUGUAGAGAUGGGGUUUACUAGGGCUAGAGCAGAGGAAGCGUUAAGAAGGGUUGAAACAAAUAAUGUUGAGAUGGCGAUGGAAUGGUUGUUUACUCAUGCUGAUGAUCCUGUACAGGAUGAUGAUGAACUGGCAAGAGCACUUGCUUUAUCUUUAGGAAACUCAUCAGAGACUCCUAAAUCAGAUAAUAACACCGAAAAGUCAACCGAUGGUCAAACAGAGACAGUGGAGGCCAAAGCACCAACGCCUCCUAUUGAUGACAUUCUUGCAGCUACUAUGAAGUUGUUUCAAAGUAGUGAUUCAAUGGCUUUUCCCUUAACCGAUCUGCUUGUUACUUUCUGUAGUAGAAAUAAAGGAGAAGAUCGCCCGAAAGUGAUAUCGUAUCUUAUCCAACAGCUAAAACUUUGCCCACUGGAAACUUCAAAGGAAACGAGUACACUCUGUAUAGUAUCGCACACAUUAGCAUUGAUCGUUGCUGAAGAUAUUACUGCUAGAGAAAUUGCUGUGAAUAACAGUGUUGUUUCAAUAGCCAUAGACAUUUUAAUGAGGUUUUUAACCGGAACCGAGUCACAAAACGAGCUACUUCUAGUUCCAAAAUGCAUCAGCGCUUUGCUUCUUAUUUUGGACAAUUUGUUGCAAUCCAAACCCAAACUAUCAUCUGAUAGAAAAGAAGGAACAGAAGACGUUGAUGAUGAAAAGUGCAAUAAGUUUGAAAAGAUAUUUGGUAAAUCUACUGGCUAUCUGACUGUUGAAGAGGGUAGCAGGGUGGUUAACGUUGCAUGUGAUCUGAUUAAAAAACACGUCCCUGCUACGGUUAUGCAAGCAGUUUUAUUACUAUGUGCUCGUUUGACAAAAACACACACUCUUGCUUUACAGUUUCUUGAAAACGGAGGCAUGAUUGAUCUUUUCGGCAUACCAAAGACGUGUUUCUUUCCUGGUUAUGACACAGUAGCAUCUGCUAUCAUUCGACAUCUCAUUGAAGAUCCUCAGACACUACAAACAGCAAUGGAGUUGGAGGUACGGCAGGCUUUAAGCGGCAGCCGCCAUGGCGGUCGUGUUCCUCCGCGUGUAUUUUUGACAUCGAUGGCACCUCUUAUUUCUCGAGAUUGUGAGAUCUUCAUGAAAGCAGCAACAUCUGUAUGCCAGUUAGACACGACGGGUGGCAGAACCGUUGUUGUAUUACCCAAAGAAAGAGAGAAAGAAAAAGAUAAAGAUAAAUCAAAAACUUCAGGUGUUGAAAUUGGAGCAUCGUCUGUACCUGAAAAUAAAUCUCAAGAUGGGCCAAUAAAGUGCGUCAAAGCCCAGAAAAAAAUUCCUGCUAAUCUCACACAGGUUGUUGAUCACUUGCUUGAAACUGUAACGAAAUACCCUUCAUUGAAUCCCGAGAAAGACUGCGAUAAAUUCGAUGAUGCGAUGGAGGUAGAUGAUUCUGCUGUAAUUAAGGGUAAAAUGAAGGUCAAUGAUACAACGAAAGAAUUCGACAGCUUGUCAGAAGCUAAAGUGACUUUUGUCCUCAAAUUGCUAAGUGAUAUUCUUCUGAUGUAUGUACAUGCAGCUGGGAUACUUCUAAAACGUGAUCUGGAAAUGCACGGUGGGAUUGUACAUCAUAUUAUGCAUCACCUUCUAUAUCCUUCUGUAGAUAAGAUAUCCGGAUCUGAUGAAUGGAGAGGGAAGUUAUCCGAAAAUGCCUCAUGGUUUUUGGUGGUUUUGUGUGGUAGAUCAAGCGAAGGCCGUAGGCGUGUCAUAAAUGUACUUGUGAAAGCUUUAUCUUCAUUUGCCAUGUCAGCAAGCAGUUCAUCUAAGAACGUUUUAUUACCUGACAAAAGGGUGCUUGCUUUUGUUGAUUUGGUCUAUUCGAUUUUAUCGAAAAAUCCGUCAGCUAGUAAUGUACUGGGAUCUGGUUGCUCUCCGGAUAUUGCUAAAGGAAUGAUUGACGGAGGAUUGAUUCCUUGUUUAUCAAGCAUCCUUCAGGUGCUGGAUUUAGACCAUCCCGAUGCCCCAAAAGUUGUAAAUAUUAUUCUUAAAUCGUUAGAGGGCUUAACGCGUGCCGCCAAUGCAGUGGAGCAACUUGCUUUAUCUGAAUCGAAGAAAAAGUCUGUUAGUUUGGGUACAACGUAUGAUAAUCAGACGGUUGAUACUCCAGUCAAUCGGAUACCAGUUGUUGGUCAACAUGAAAUCACUGAUACCGAUGAUGCUGAGCAACAUCAUGAAGAAACAACUCAAGAUGAAGGUGAUCACGAAUCGAAUUUAGACCAGCCUGCAGAUCAGGAGUUGAGGAUUGAAAUGGAUGAGAUGGAAGAUGGUGUGUUAAGAGAUUCUGAUCAAAUCGAGAUGACUUUUCAUGUUGAGAGUAGGGGUGGUGGCGAUAACACUGGUGAUGAGGAUGAUGACAUGGCUGAGGAUGACGAGGAUGAUGACGAGGAUGAAGAUACAGCGGAGGAUGGUGCUGCUUUGAUGUCAUUGGCUGACACAGAUGUCGAAGAUCAUGAUGAAACUGGAUUAGGUGAUGAAUAUAAUGAUGACAUGGUUGAUGAGGAGGAGGACGAUGAUUACCAUGAAAACCGUGUUAUUGAGGUGAGAUGGCGGGAGGCUCUUGAUGGUGUACUUGGUCAAGCGGGACCCGAUAGUGCACUUAUCGACAUUGCUGCAGAGCCAUUUGAAGGCGUCAAUGUUGAUGACCUUUUUGGUCUUCGUAGACCGGUAACCGGCGGUUUUGACCAUGGCCGUCGCCAUCAGAGUAGAACCUCGGGUACAGACGGGAAUAACGGUCUGCAGCAUCCUCUUCUAUUGAGACCAUCAUCACAGUCUGGUGAAUUAGGUUCAAUGCGGUCAUCAAGUGGUGGCAGUGGCAGUUCAUCUCGGGAUUUGGAAUCCUUAUCCGGAGGGAGCUUUGAUGUUUCUCAUUUCUACAUGUUUGAUACUCCUGUUCUUCCGUUCGAUCAUGUACAAUCUACCGUGUUUGGUGACAGAGUUGGCGGUGGAGCUCCACCGCCACUGGCUGACUUUUCUGUCGGUUUGGAGUCGUUACGAGCACCUGCAAGAAGAGGACCAGGUGAUGGCCGGUGGACCGAUGAUGGUCAACCACAAGCUGGUGGUCAAGCUGCUGCUAUUGCACAGGCUGUAGAAGAGCAUUUCAUGUCUCAGUUAAGCACAACCACUCCUUUAGCCAAUGAUAAUCAGCAGGUAGCAGAGGCUGCCGAUAACGUUGCUCAGCAGUCUGAAUGUCCAGAUAAUAAUAAUGACCAAAAUGUUAAUCAGAUAGUCGGAAAUGUUGAAGAAACACAAGGACAGACAAGUGGGUCCACAGAUAAUCACGACAACAUGGAAGUUGGUGAAGGAAAUGAGCAGCAGGAGUUGUCAGCAACUGUUGACGAGACAAGCAAUAAUGUUCCGAAUUCUGGUGACCAAAAUGCUGAUGUGGAUAUGAACGUUGCUGGAGGGGACUUGUUACCUUCAGUUGGUGUCAUUGAGGAGUCAUUAUCUGAACAGAACGCCAACAUUGAUGACGGUCAAACUGGUCAACCAGAUGAAACUGUUGCAAGUACAAAUGGCAUAGAUCCAACAUUCUUAGAGGCACUACCCGCAGAACUCAGGGCAGAAGUCUUAGCUUCACAACAAUCUCAAUCAGCUCCACCUCCGGUUUCUGCUCCUGCACCUAUUCCUGCUACAGCUGAAGAAAUAGAUCCCGAGUUUUUAGCUGCACUUCCUCCAGAUAUCCAAGCCGAAGUUUUAGCUCAACAGCGUGCACAAAGGGUUGCACAUCAAGCCGAAGGCCAACCUGUGGAUAUGGAUAAUGCUUCAAUUAUAGCUACUUUUCCAGCUGAUCUGCGUGAAGAGGUCUUAUUGACAUCAUCGGAGGCGGUUCUUUCAGCAUUGCCAUCUCCGUUACUUGCGGAAGCGCAAAUGCUUCGGGAUAGAGCUAUGAGUCACUAUCAGGCUCGUAGUUUGUUUGGAAACCAUCAUAGGGUUAUCAACAGGAGGAAUGGGUUGGGAUUCGAUAGGCAGACGGUAAUCGAUAGGGGUGUUGGUGUUACAAUAGGACGAAGGGCAUCUUCUGCGUUUUUAGAAAGCUUGAAAGUGAAGGAGGUUGAAGGGGACCCGCUUUUGGAUGCUGAUGCUUUGAAAGCUUUGAUCAGGCUUCUACGAUUAGCACAGCCUCUUGGGAAAGGCCUUCUACAGAGACUCUUCUUGAACUUAUGUGCUCAUAGUGAUACACGUGCGGUUCUUGUUUUCUUGCUACUGGGCAUGAUGAAGAUGGAGACCCAAGGCCCGACAGGUGGAUUGACAAUGACAGCGGCUAACUCUCAGAGGCUUUACGGGUGUCAGUCUAAUGUUGUUUAUGGCCGAUCACAGCUCUUAGAUGGUCUCCCACCGCUAGUACUGCGCCGGGUGUUAGAGAUUUUGACAUAUCUGGCUACAAAUCAUUCUUCUGUUGCUAAUUUGUUGUUCUACUUUGAUUCUUCGCUUGUUCCCGAGUCUUUGAAUCUCGAUAAAAAGGAUGCUAAGGGGAAAGAAAAGGUUGUUGAAGGUGGAGAAAUUUCUCUUCCUGUCGGAUCCGAUGGUGAUAUUCCUAUAUUAUUAUUCGUAAAACUCUUGAAUCAACCGUUGUUCCUUCGCAGUAUUGCCCAUCUGGAACAGGUUAUGGGUCUACUUAAAGUGGUUGUAUACACUGCUGCUUCAAAGUUAGAAAGCCAAUCUCAUACUGAACAAGUUGAACCCGAACCCGAACCCACUUCCCAACCGCUGCCCGACAAUGAAUCUGCUAAUAAUCCACAUGGAGAUUCUUCUUCAGCAGAACCUCGUCAUGAUGAUAAACCUGCGGGUGAUGAAUUAUCUACAUCAGAUGACCAGAAAAGUGUCAACAUUCAUAACAUCUUCAUGAAGCUUCCACAAUCGGAUCUUCAUAAUCUAUGCAGUCUUCUUGGCCACGAGGGGCUAUCGGAUAAAGUAUACAUGCUUACUGGUGAAGUUCUGAAGAAACUAGCCUCAGUUGCUCCAUCACAUAGAAAGUUCUUUAUUGUAGAGCUUUCUGAGUUAGCUCACGGUCUUAGUGGGUCCGCCAUUCAGGAACUCGUUACGCUAAGAAACACACACAUGUUGGGUCUUAGUGCGGGGUCCAUGGCUGGGGCUGCCGUUUUACGAAUCAUGCAAACCCUUAGCACACUCAAUGUACCUGAUAUCGAUAAAAAUGAUGACAAUCAGGAGCACGUUACCAUGUGGAAAUUAAAUACUUCACUUGAACCUUUAUGGCAAGAAUUGAGUGAGUGUAUAAGUGCAACAGAAACACAGCUCGUUUCUUCAGUUAUUUCGAAUUCUAAUACAGUCGAGCGUGUGAAUGUGCCCGAGGCUUCAUCGAUAUCUCUGCCACCUGGCACUCAGAGGCUUUUGCCUUUUAUCGAGUCCUUUUUAGUCCUAUGUGAAAAACUCCAAGCAAAUAAUUCCAGCCUACAACAAGAUGAUGCGUAUGCAACAUCAACAGCACGGGAAGUGAAGGAGUUUUCUGGAAAUUCAUCACCAAGUGGGACCGGAAUCGAUGGUGCUGUAACGUUUUCUAGGUUUGCUGAGAAACAUCGGCGGCUAUUAAAUGCUUUUGUCAGACAAAAUCCCGGGUUGUUAGAGAAGUCACUUUCUAUGAUGUUGAAAGCACCAAGGUUAAUUGACUUCGACAACAAAAAGUCGUAUUUCCGUUCUAGAAUCAGGCAGCAACAUGAUCAACACUUAACAGGCCCAUUACGAAUAAGUGUUCGCCGAGCUUAUGUUCUAGAAGAUUCCUACAAUCAGCUGCGCAUGCGGCCCACUCAAGACUUAAAAGGCCGGUUAAAUGUCCAUUUUCAAGGUGAAGAAGGUAUCGAUGCUGGCGGUUUGACUAGAGAAUGGUAUCAAUUGUUAUCUAGAGUCAUAUUCGAUAAGGGAGCUUUACUUUUCACAACCGGAGGAAACAACGCAACCUUCCAGCCAAACCCUAAUUCCGUCUAUCAGACCGAGCAUCUUUCCUACUUCAAGUUUGUGGGCCGAGUGGUUGCUAAAGCCUUGUUUGAUGGACAACUCUUGGAUGUUUACUUCACUCGGUCUUUCUAUAAGCAUAUUCUUGGUGUGAAGGUAACAUAUCAUGAUAUAGAAGCUGUUGAUCCUGAUUAUUACAAGAACUUAAAGUGGUUGCUCGAGAAUGAUGUAAGUGACAUACUGGACCUGACAUUUAGCAUGGAUGCUGAUGAAGAAAAACACAUUCUUUACGAGAAGACAGAGGUUACUGAUUAUGAGCUAAAACCGGGUGGACGGAACAUAAGAGUAACAGAAGAAACAAAGCAUGAAUAUGUGGAUCUUGUUGCCGAACAUAUACUUACAAAUGCAAUACGUCCUCAAAUUAAUUCCUUUUUGGAGGGUUUUAACGAGUUAAUACCACGUGACCUCAUUUCUAUUUUCAACGAUAAAGAGCUUGAGCUGCUAAUAAGUGGGCUUCCAGAAAUCGAUUUUGAUGAUCUUAAGGCCAACACUGAAUAUACAGGAUACACCAUAGGUUCUAGUGUAGUUAUGUGGUUUUGGGAGGUUGUCAAAGCGUUUAACAAAGAAGACAUGGCUAGAUUGCUUCAAUUCGUCACUGGUACAUCAAAGGUGCCAUUGGAAGGUUUUAAGGCAUUGCAAGGCAUAUCGGGCCCACAAAGAUUUCAAAUUCACAAAGCUUAUGGAGCUCCAGAGAGGCUGCCAUCAGCACAUACUUGCUUCAACCAAUUAGAUCUUCCUGAAUACAUGUCAAAAGAACAGCUUCAGGAGCGGUUACUACUUGCUAUCCAUGAAGCUAGUGAAGGUUUCGGGUUUGGCUAGCGAUGCUAUGGUGUAGGGAGUAGGGAUAGGGAGUAGGGACCCCUAGCAUCCGCCAUCACUAUGUUAUGUAUAGAUAUAAAGAAGGAACAUUGAUUAUGCAUCGCGAUGCAAUUUGAAAAACGUGAAAAGAGUCACUAAUGAAGUCGAGCAGUGGUUUUCGGGUGGCUCUAUUUUGUAGCAUGGAUAUGCGAUCUUUUUUCGGGUUGAUUUCGCUUCAUGCAACCGGAAUAAUAUGAGAACAUAAAAAGGCUUCAUGUAAAUCCUAGCCCUCUUUUGGCUGGUAGCUCUUGGUCAAUUUGCUUUUGUGAUUCAUGUUACCAAGUAUUUGAAGCAUUGUGAAACCAUGUUUGGUUCAUUUUCUAACUGCCAAAGGCUUCCACCAUGUUAGUUAUUUAUUAGUUAUUUUAUUUUACAUAUAUCGUUAUUUUUAUGAA